AUGGCGUCGCGUUCCGUACCGCAUAUCUCUUCGCACCAAGCACACUCACGUCUGUCCAGAUUGACCAUUUCAGGCUACCGCGGGGCCAGCGGAAUAGGCACCGUACACCAGUUCGUGCAAUGCCUGUGCGCUCUGCUGCAUCUACGGCAUCUGAAACUGGUCGAUGUCGCCUUUCGUAACGGCGACGAGCCAGCGGGUUUCGGCGUCUUGCAAAAGGGUCUAAAUACGCUCGAGCUUGAAGAUGUAUCCGCCGAGACCCUGCGAGGUCUUUUCUCGCUGUUUUUGUCGACUGUCGAACACAUCACCUUCACAGGCUGCAUGAUACCUGACGAGAUGGAUCGGCUUCCUCCGUGCGGGUUGCAGAUCGCUCACCUCUCUGCAGAACAAGACCUUGCGCCUGUUCUACGGCGCUGGAGCGGCGAGGACCUCACCGUUAUCGACUGCCCUUCAUUCAACACUGCGUUGCUCGCCGAGCUAGCUCAACCUGAUGCGGUUGGCAACUGGAUGUGCCCGCGCCUCAUGAAUAUCACUGUGUCCGGAUGCGCACAAUUUACAAGCGGCGACCUCCGCCGCAUGGUCGAUCCCCGCUGCGCUGUACGUGAACGUACAGGCUUUCCCGAUCCAGGGGAUGACGAGUUCAUCGUGAGCUCAAUAGACAUGCUGAAAACAAGUGAUUGUGGGGCGCUCGAGCCGGAGGAUAGGGAAUGGUUCGACAAGAAUAUCUGUACGGUCGAGUGGAAUUCAUGGUCUGGGGGGACCAAGCAGAGCGUCUUGUACCGGUAG